UAGGUAUGCGCAACCACAAUGGGGAGACGGCUCUGUUUCGUGCAGCUCGGUACGGAAAAACUGAUAUGUUCAACUUUCUAGCUGCUAAAGUCUCUGGAUAUGACGAAGCAGGUCUGCAAUUUUAUGUUCAGAGAAGUGAUAAAACCACUAUCCUCCACAUUGCAAUUCUUUCUGAACACUUCGAUUUGGCAUACCAAAUUGCAUUGGACUACAGACAUUUAAUCAGCGAAAAAGACGGUGAUGGGAUGACAAGUCUUCAACUUCUUUCGUGCAACCAGUAAGCUUUUAAACAAGAGCCUGAAGAUGGAUUCAUUAAAUUAGCUAAAUCCUGUUGCAGUACAGCUUGGCAGGAGAAGGUUCAAAAUCAAAAGGAUAAAUAUAAAUCAGCUGUAGAGCUUGCCAAGCUUUUAUCUAGAAAUGAUACCUCAUGGGAAGUUACUUAUUCUAGCAUUGACCAGAGCAAGCCCAAAAUACACAGAUAUGGAGAGAUAGGUGGGCAAGAAGGGAUGUCUUUGGCUGCUAGAAUUCCUGAGAGAAUGGAUGAUGUUGGUGAAACUCCUUUGAUUUUGGCUACGAAGUCAGGCAUUGUGGAGAUAGUGGAAGAAAUACUCAGGCUUUACCCUCAAGCAGUUGAACAUGUUGACGACGAAGGUCGCAAUGUGUUGCAUGUGGCAAUCAAAUACAGAGAGUUAAAGAUUUUCGAGCUUGUGACGAAAAUGGAAGUGCCCAUGAAGAGACUGGUAAGAAAGAUUGAUAACGAGGGGAAUUCUAUUCUGCACACUGUUGGUGUAAAGAGAAAGGAUUUUGUAUCUGAGAAGAUGGAAGGCCCUGCAUUCCUAUUACAAGAAGAGUUGCUAUGGUUUGAGCGAGUCGAAAAAGUCACUCCACCUCAUUUCAUAAGCCACCAUAACAGUCAGAACCUCUCUGCAGAGUGUUUGUUUAUUACUGCAAACUCUGAACUUCGCAGCUCAGCGAAAGAAUGGAUGAAGAGCACUGCAGAAGGAUCUUCGGUCGUGGCUGUUCUGAUUGCUACAGUCGCCUUUGCAGCAGCCUACACAGUUCCAGGAGGUCCAAAUCAGAGCACCGGUGUUCCUGUCCUCGUUAAUAAACCGUUCUUUGUGGUUUUCACUGUCUCGGACGUACUAUCUCUUACCUUUGCUUUGACAUCAGUUGUGACAUUUCUCUCCAUCCUCUCAUCGCCAUUUCGAUUUAAAGAUUUCAAGCAUACCCUUCCCAAUAAGUUGAUGGCAGGCUUCACAUUUCUGUUCCUUUCCGUGGCUAUGAUGAUGGUAGCAUUUGGAUCAACAAUCUUUCUGACGAUAUACAAUAAGGAAAAUUGGGCUAAAGUUACUCUAUACACAGUCUCUUUUAUCCCAGUUUGCAUCUUCGCCCUAUCUUAUUUUCCUCUAUAUUCCUCACUAUCAAAAACUUACAAAUAUUUGCUCGAAAACUUUCCUCUAACUAAACUUGUUCUAUCCAAACCUUGUACGAUGAUGUCCAAAUGUUUAAAAUGUUGUCAAGUCCAAACCUCAGAGUCCCACAUUCCAUGAAAUACCAUACAUGGAUGAUAAUAUGUAUUAUUGUUAAUAUUGUCAAGUCCAAACCUUCCAUCUACGUUAUUGAGUUGUUGAUAAUUGUAAGGAUUUCAAUAAUCAUAUUUAAACCAAUUUAUGAUGA